AUGCAAACUACAAUUUCCGUGCUGCACCACAUGCAUAGAUCGAUUCCUCUCAAAAUGGCAGACAACUCGAGAAGCGCCGCUAAAAUGGCAAGGAUUCUUGCCAUCGUUCAAAUCAUUACAGGGGGUUUAAUGCUCGGUUUUGGCAUCGCCGAUCGAAUUGUUGCGUGGACUUGGACAGGCUAUGUAUACUUCGGCAUUUGGAUCGGAAUAUGGGUAAGUGUUAGUCGCAUUUAAUCCGAUUCGAGCAGUAUCUCGCUGCUUCGAUCGAGGAGGAAGAACACGCCUGCCCAGUGAAUGUGUUCUGACCAGUUUAAAGCAAUUGCAUUAGCUUGAAAUGUAUGAAGAAGGCCCAGAAUCAUCUGCCCAGUCUCGGUUCUUGACUAACACGUCGUUGAAAAGUUCGCCUGAAGAUGAAUAUUACGCGCGCCAGACCCACGAACUCAAUUUCAUUUAACCGACAGAGAUAUCUAGCUAUUUAUUUUUAAGACGUCUUUUAAGCUUUCUGUUAAACCCCCGAAAGUGAGGAGUACGUCCUGUAUUCAUUUCCCCCUGUUUUUUCAUAUUCUGUUCAAAUUAUUGUUGCCCAGGUUUGCUUUUUUACCGAUGAUUUUGAACACGGAAGUUCGACAUCAGCGGGUUCGUAGACAAUUAAUUAGCAUCUCGUUUGAGUUAAAUUGCCUGCAGUGUCAUGUUGUCACUCGACGUUUUAACAUAUGCUAUGAGUUGAGUGGCACAUUAUUAUCACAGUGAACUUUAUUAGUCUCAAGGGCGACUAAUUAAGGCCUGUUUCAAACGUCGUGCUACUGCCGUGCUAAGCUGGCUCGACUGUAGCUCGACUGCUGCACGUACGACAUUAGUACGACUUGGUUUCAGACGUCUACUUUAAUUCACACAGUGACAGUCGAAUGGAACGGCUGUUGCCAAAAACAAAACACAAAGAUAAAGAAACGGUUUAGCAAACUUUUAAAUAUAUUCUAAGGUAUCUAUAAUUCAUGAAUUGAGUUCGGCACGGCAGUAGCACGACGUUUGAAACGGGCCUAACAUCAAUUUUCUCCUAACAAUAUUGGAAAGGUUAUGAGAAGGAAAAAAAUGAUGAGGGAAAAUGCUUUGAUCGUUAUCAAAUGCGCUCAACUAAUUAUUUAAGGAAAUGUAUGGCGAUCAGCCUGGAAGAUUUGUAAGUGGAUAUCGGAGCUUACAGGGUUAAAUUAAAGAAUACCCUGCACUGCUCUGCUUCCGGUCUAAAACGCAUCGGUUCUGAAAUAGUCCGCGAGCAGUCUCUUAUUUUUCUUUGCGCUGGCUGAGAUAAGAACUAUACAGAUUUUAAGAGAAAAGACGGAUUGCAAGCAGUCUAGCUCUGAAAGAACUUCAAUAUUCGUCACAUUUGUUGAAAACACUUUUCACGUAACGCCUUCCCCAAAUGUUGGUUCACGUAUCACGCAUUUGAAAAGAAUCUCGACGUUGGAGAUUGAAUGAGAGAAGAGUACAUGCAUAGGGAAAAUUUAGAGACGUUGGUUGAGAAGGUGACGUGAAAAUCCUUAGUUCCAGUCUAGCGUUUUAACCCUUUCACUGCCAAAUGUGGCCAAAGGCAAAUUUCGACCAAAUUUCCAAAUUUCAUUUUCUAAAAUUUUGACAAACAAAUAGCACCAUAUGAAAGUAGACGCAGAGAGCUUUCAUUUGAAUGGUCGCAUCAUCGGAUUUCGUCCACAGACUCAAAAGUUAGACUCGCCUUAAAAAACUCCAUCAAACACUCUGGCAGUGAAGGGGUUAACGAAAUAUAACGAGUAUUAUGCGCACAAGGAUGCGCAGUCGUUCCUUUCUAAGUUCGUUUUUAGCUCAUGGAUGGCAAAUUUCGACCACAUUUCCAAAUUUCAUUUUCUAAAAUUUUGACAAACAAAUAGCACCAUAUGAAAGUAGACGCAGAGAGCUUUCAUUUGAAUGGUCGCAUCAUCGGAUUUCGUCCACAGACUCAAAAGUUAGACUCGCCUUAAAAACUCCAUCAAACACUCUGGCAGUGAAGGGGUUAACGAAAUAUAACGAGUAUUAUGCGCACAAGGAUGCGCAGUCGUUCCUUUCUAAGUUCGUUUUUAGCUCAUGGAUGGCAAAUUUCGACCACAUUUCCAAAUUUCAUUUUCUAAAAUUUUGACAAACAAAUAGCACCAUAUGAAAGUAGACGCAGAGAGCUUUCAUUUGAAUGGUCGCAUCAUCGGAUUUCGUCCACAGACUCAAAAGUUAGACUCGCCUUAAAAAACUCCAUCAAACACUCUGGCAGUGAAGGGGUUAACGAAAUAUAACGAGUAUUAUGCGCACAAGGAUGCGCAGUCGUUCCUUUCUAAGUUCGUUUUUAGCUCAUGGAUGACGUAGUCAUGCCAUGGGCUUUUGGAGGCACUCGAAUGGCACUCGAUCACUCACUCACUCACUCACUCACUCACUCACUCACUCACUCACUCACUCACUCACUCACUCGAUUCUCAUUAAUUUAUUCAUUAAAGUCAGAUUAAACACGUUACUCCUACCUCCCUUACUUAGUACUACCUUUUUUCCAAGUGCCUUUUACGCAUAUGUUUGGAAUAUUCUAGAGGGUACUAAUAAGGCGAAUUUUUUUUCCCGACACAUCAGUUAUAGAGGUGGGUCUUGUAUAAAUAACAAUAUUUUAAAAAAACACUGAUAAUAUCAUCCGCAAGAAAUGGACUUGGAAUUGUUAAAAGGACAUUGAAAUGAUUGAGCGUGGAUCAUUGUUGUAUAUUUGGACGAAUUGUGCACAUUUGUUCCCGAUAUUAUACUUGAUAUGGAGAAGAUGCGAUCAACAGGAGUGUGAAAGAGCUAUUGCAGCCUGACGAUGGGAUUUCGUUCAGCGAAAAGCGAAUAAGCCAAAGAGCCUUAUAAUCACUGCAAAAAAACGGUCCUCGAAUUGUUAAAGCAACAUUGAGGAGUAUCUAUUGUGGUUUAUUCAGUUAUUUGGACGAUUCCGUUCGACCAUUUGUCUUCGUAUGCAAACAGGGAAUGAAUUAUGUUGUGUCAACUAGAAGCACAGGUUUUAGAACCAACAAGCGUUACGCUAUUUUGCUUGAAUUCUUGGGUGAUCUUUGCCUUAAAGUAGGCCUUUGUUUGUCGGUGAUUCCAUUUAGCAGUGCUAUUAAUGUAAUUUCUACGAGAAAUGCUGCGCUGGUAUAAACAAGUCUUUGGCGAAAAGCAAUCGGAUACUUCGACUGCGUUUAAAUUACUUGGCUAGGUCAGAGCACGUACUGCUUUGAGCUUAAUAAUCCGUUUUACAUGUAUUAAAAUAAUUUUUAGCUCGUGUUUAUCAAAAGCGCGUUCUAAAGCAGUUCAAUUUAGCCAUAAACGCCUGUAUUCUCUAUUUAAUAUAGCUCGUACCGCGUAUACUAACCGUUACGUAUUCAUCAUAUGGAAACAUUUAUUUGAAAGCAUCGCACUUUUAAAACCACGGUUUAAAUAAAACUCACGUAUGUAAAACUUGGCUAUUUUACAAGAAAAUAAAGUGCACUGUCGUUCGGAAAGUUUUUGACAGUCACAUGAGAAAGCAAAUUAUUUUACAACUAAAAAGCGUUAAAAAUUGCCUUUAAAAGUGAUCUUUGCUUUGUAAGUAGAAAUGCUGUCGGAUACUUCGAGUCACGCUGUAUUUUGGAAAGUCCGUACACCAUGAACCGCUCAAAAAGAUUUAUAUGUUUUUCUUUGAUUAUUGAACUGUCUUUUCUACACUAAUUCAAUUCAUCCAUGAGCUCGCUCCUAGGAGCCUUUGAUUUAUGGCGUUUUGCAAUUUAAAGUCUUUGUCGAAGAGGAUACAGGAAAAUUUAGAUAAUACGGAUAACGGAACGCGUAUAAGGCGUGACUGCAUACAACUUGUUCACAUAAUUUUAAGGGGUUUUAUUCUUAAGCGAUAGAAUGUAAAUUCUGCCUGAAUAGAUAAUGUGCAUUUGAAGAAUAUUUUCUUGUCUCCUUGCGAAAGAAAACUAACUUCCGCUAGACCACGUCAUUUCAGGUAUCAUUCUUUCAUAAGGCAAAUGAAUUUGCUAUAAAGUUUCGUCAAGUCCCACUGCAAUUUUCUUGGCGUAUUUUUUGUUAAAAAAACGUCAACCUGUAUUUUACUGAAUUCUGCCAAUUUUGCUCUGUUGCAGAUGUGCAUCACAGGGGGUCUGGGAAUACCCGGAAGUGCCAGAGAACGCACCUAUUCGCGCGACGCUUUCGUAAGUAAGACGUCGGACCAAAAAUGGUCAUUAUCAGUGUAAAACUAUUAAAGACCACCACCAGUUUUACGUGUGUUUGUCAGCAAUGACAACCCUGAACUAUUCAUCGCAGUUUUCUCAAUAAAGUGACCACCACCCGCCUUAAAAUAAAGAACUCAUUUCAUAAAUAAUUAGUAAUUAGCAAGCGCUCGAAGGCGAUCUGAUUUGAAAACGGUGUUUAUGAUGGCUGACUGACUUUUAUUAUUGCUCUUCCUUUGCUUGUGAACUUGAAAAGAUGAACGACCUUCAUGUAAGCAGUGGCAGAUCCAGACCUUGACAGAGGGGGAGGGGGAGGGGGGGGGGGCGGUCUCCAAGACCCUCCCCUGGAUCCACCACUGUUUGAUUAAUGUUCUCCUAUUUUUCUUGCACAUCACAGGCUAGUGUUUUCAUGGGGUUCUCUAUCACCUCAGCUGUAAUGGGUGGAGUUAUCAUCAUUUGUUACAGUAUCGUGAUUUCUUGGAUCGGCGAUUACGACUAUAGCUAUGAGCGAGGUUAUUACCGCUAUGAUGGAAAGAUGGCCAUUCUCGCCAUAAUGCUUAUCCUGGGUAUUAUUGCAUUUGGGGCUGGAAUCUGGGCCGCAAUAUGUGCCUGUCUAAUGAAGCCAUGCGCUUGCUGCGGACAACCGCAGGUAAGUCGGGCGUCAGCAGUUUCAUUUUGAAAAUUGCUCAGAAAUUCUAGUCAGACUAUCGCUGCGCAUGCUGUAAGGCUGUCGAUGUAAUCUUUUUACGUUAAGGCCCUAUAUUGUAACCGAAAGUGGGCCCUGAAUAUAUAACUUACUGCACUUUCAUUCUUCUGUCAUAAGUAUUCUACUGUACUUUACUAUUUUAUUGCAUCGAGUUUGCGUAGUGAGGACGUUGUGUGGGUUGGAUGUUCAAGAAAAAAAAAGUAACAACAGCCAUAAAAAAAGCCUUUUCUGUAGUUUAAAAAAUAACAAAAGAAAAUUAUAGUAAAAAUUUGUACCCAUGGCACACCUAGAGUACAUGUGUAUAUAAAAACAUGAAACGGCAAACUGAUCCUUACGGCAAGGUGAUGAAGAAGUAAAAAAAAGAAUAAAACAGAAAAAUAUAUAUUUAAACAAAUUGGGUAAUUUGCUGAAAUAUAUAUAUUGAUUAUUAGUUUAAUUGUACUGAUCCAGGUCUACAACUGAGAGAUCCGGCACUACUCAUUGGUUUGUUGCUGUGGACUUGUUGACAUUUUAUGAAGGGUCUUUUAUAUACAUGUGUAUAUGUCAGGGUAAUUUUGUAAUAUUUGAAAUAAUUACAGGUAGACCAGCAGAUGUACGGUUAUCCAGCCAGUGGUUACGUCAUGACCCAAAUGUCCGCGGGUAGUGUUCCUGUGGCUGUUCCUGUGCAGGCAAUGCAAGCAGGCGCCGGUGGAGCAGCAGCACAGGGUUACCAUCAACCGAUGGUGCUAGUGCCUGUUUCUGGUGCAGCAGGGGGUCAAAUGGUAGUCCAGCAAGCUGCCUCACCUGAAGGGAUGGCUACGAAUACCCUACAGCAGCAGCAGGAGGCUCCUUCGUUCACACGUGGAGGUUACGUUGCACUGCACGACGAGCAGGUUUGUCUGAUACUCUCUAUAGUAGGGUGGGGGUAAUGCAAAACUAAGCGAACAUGUCGCGAGACGAGAACAUCCACUGAGUAAAACCGAGGAAGCAUUUAGCUGUGAUGGAACUUUUGCCACAUGUUUUCCUAGGCUUUCCGCUAGGCUGAAUUAUCAGCUUCUGUUUGGGAUGGCGAAAAUCGAGCCUAGCUUUGCGCGUGUCAGAGAGUGAAAAUGCUGCCCAUCAACACGUGACUUAAUUAGUAGAGUUCACGAAUAACACUCAGACUGACAACAUUAAACGAUAACGAUAGGAUAGCAUGAUGAUAAUGAUGAUAAUGAUGACGAUGCUGUUGAUGAAGAUGGUGAUGAUGAUGAUGAUGAUGUUGAUGAAGAUGGUGAUGAUGUUGAUGAAGAUGGUGAUGAUGUUGGUGACGAUGUUGAUGAUGAUGAUGAUGAUGAUGAUGAUGAUGAUGAUGAUGUUGAUGAAGAUGGUGAUGAUGUUGGUGACGAUGUUGUUGAUGAUGAUGAUGAUGAUGAUGAUGAUGAUGAUGAUGUUGAUGAAGAUGGUGAUGAUGUUGGUGACGAUGUUGAUGAUGAUGAUGAUGAUGAUGAUGAUGAUGAUGAUGAUGAUGAUGAUGAUGAUGAUGAUGAUGAUGAUGAUGAUGAUGAUUACAAAAACAGGCAUAUCCUUGGAAGAGACCCUUGCUGUCCGACUCUCGUAAUACCACCCCUUUCUGUACAUAACAUGAUCACGAAACCUUAUGUAGGUAAUUACAUGACUUUUUAGAUAGUCGAAUCGACAUUAGUAAGACCAGUCAAACAUACGACUCUAUAAGUUAAAAUCUAACACUUGUCUUCUUUCCUUUCUUUUAUAGCUGCAAGUGAAGCUGUAGACGAACCUGGUGCAUUUCAUAUUGGUGUAAUCAUGAUAAAUAAAUGCUUUAAGUAACUAUAGCUACAAAGAGGAAAAAAAAGCGAAAAAUAUUAUUAAUAUUAAAAACAUUCGAUUUGCUGUCGUUGUUUUCUAACACUUUAAAUCCUAGCAUCAAAAUUCAAAGUUUCAUUUGUUAUCCCUAUACGUUUUCAUUAGAAGUAGUGGGGAGAAUUUGUUGAAGUAUCAAUUAGAUUUAUCUUGUGUGAUCUUGUCCUAAACUGUCAUGACCACUCUGUUCUAUAAAGCAGUGAUAUUACAAGGAGAAAUUUGACGCUGAUCACUCUUAGGGCUUAAAGGGUACCAGUGUGUUUGAAAACAGCCUAGUACGGGAAACAUGAAAUAGAUCAUGAGAUUGAAAUAAGUUCCAGUUUUAGAAACUCUUAAUUACAUGAGCACAAACAAAGGGAACAACUUUAUGUUUACACGGUACUACAAAAAGUUGAGAAGAAAAGUAUCAUUAUGAUUAAGAACUAAUUUAUGUCUACAGAUCUUAAGUACUAAAAAAAAUACGUUGUAAACUCUUGGUAGCGUCACAUUAUUCUUACAAAGAGUAGAAACAAGAUUAAAAUUGAUAUGCAAAGCUAAUCGCGUCCAAACUGUGGUAUCUCGACUAGAUGCUCAAAAAGUAUAAAUGAAUGACUAAAUAAAGUCUUUAAAAACGUAUGUGACGGAAUGUUCUUCCUUUCUAUUAAAAUUUUCAAACGACUGCCAAAAAAAAAGAAAAAAACGAGACCUCGAGGGUAAGUCUGUAAAUGAUGGGAUCAACACUGCUUCAUAGUACACUGAAACAAUUUUAAACCCUUAAAAUUCGUUGUAUAUUUUUGGCUUGUUUAUCUCGCUAUUUGGUUUAAACAGAGGAUCCUCAAUAGGGUUCUUCAAACCCGUCACCCCCCGUAAUCCCGAUGUAUUUUCGACAGUCCCCACCCCACCCCAUGCAUCCUUUCAAUGUUGAAUCAAGCUCUCUUUUUGUUUCAACAUUCCGAAUCCCGGCUUCCAAAUAAGGCAAAUCCCGCAUCUCGAAAAACCAGCUCGACUUUGGACCCUGUAAAGGUCUUUAAACAGAACCAAGACGCCAGAAGACAUAUAUCGACACUCUAUAGGUCUUAUCUUAAGAUACCGGUAUGAACCUAUAAUAUAGACCUAUCGAAUUGCGACUGUCUUGUUGCGGACGUGCUGAUUUAGGGAAGUUCAAACAGGUUUGAACUUCGCCAAAUCAUUACGUCCGUCAUAUUCUCUAAAAUGGACUGGAGAUUGUGUGACGAACUUCUUCAUAAUUCAGUUCGUCAUAGUCUGCGUCAUUCAUCACACAACAAAGUAUUAAAUUAUGCAUCUUUUUAUGCGUGUUAGACUUCAGAUAACAUGGCGGGCAACUCUACGAACGCUGCCAAAAUGGCAAGGUUUCUUGCCAUCAUUCAAAUUGUAACUGGGGUUUUACUCAUCGGUUUUGGCACCGCCGAUCGACUUGUUAAAGGAAGGGGAUACUACCAUUAUUAUCAUUAUGACUGGACAGGCUACGUAUACUUCGGCAUUUGGAUCGGAAUAUGGGUAAGCAAAUGUUCUUACUUCAUGAAGAUAAAAAUAUUGUAUCUUCAAGCACGGUCUUAAAGGAAGUAGGAUAGAAGCAAGUAAAUAUGCUAAGACUUUACUGUAUCAGCUUAAAAAGUGUACCAAACUGAUCCUAAAGCUUCUACACUAUGUUUAUUACUAAUUCGUUACAAAAGUCGUUUAAAAUACGACGAACGAGCGACAAACAAAGGUCUAAAUUUCACAUGCGACGCCUGCGGCAAAAGAACCUGUCUAUUUCAAAGCCAUUUGUCAAGCCCACGAAAUUGAGCUUUGAACAGCUUGUCAUAAUUGUUUCGUUGAGUAUUUCCUGUUUCCAUUUCUGCUCUUUUAUGAGACCUACACAACUUACAGAGGGAUCAAAACAGACAUUCACACUAUGUCAGAAGGCGCCAGCAAAGUCAGUCAAUUCGAUAAUUUAUAUGACAAGGAUCACAACUAAGGCACGCAACUCACUAAAGUCCGGUACGAAGGUGUUUUUGCACGUUGAAAAUAACAUAGACGAACUUGUUGGAAACAAUAAAUCUGCUAACAAAUUAAGACAAGGAAUUUAUUAUUCCACUUGUUAAAGGAACCGAAGUAAUAUUUAGUUUUUGUACACUGUCCAAUGAUCCCGAUCUGUUGCCGACAGUAGAAUUCAACCCUAAGACAUGCUAAGACAGAAAUUGUCCUCCCAGAACACUAGAAAUGGCGUUCCAAAGCAUCAAGAGCUUAAACUCUUUGUGGAGGAACAUGCAUGCAGCCAUCAGAACCCCCUGGCCGCUGACGCAUGCCGGCGCUCCCUUGAUUCGUCGAUCAUUACAAAACUUAUCCCGAUUUUACAUUUAUCCCCCGUAUAAAAGUGGCCUCUCAAAUGCUAAGAUUAUAGUGGUCUCUUUCGAGAGUGUCACGAUAGCAUCUCUGCCGAGAACAUGAGACGUUGGAAGAAUCGAAAUAAAGGAUCAAUUUAGCCUUCUGAGAAACUGUCCACCUACCCAUCAUUUUGCCCUAAGUGAGAAGUAAGUGUUAAUGUUAGCUUUGGGGAGGGGUAGGUGGGCAGUCUCCCAGGAACCUAAAUUGACCCGAAAUAAAUUGCAUGCACUAAGUUCCUGAACCAUAAGGCACGGAGUGCUAUAUAUAUGUUGUCAUGGAAAGUCCCUCAGUCGUAUGCUCCCAGUUGUGUUCAUUGAUAGGUUUCACGAAACGUUGAACAUAAUUGCACAAAAAAACGAUGUGUACCUUAAAUAAGUGCCAUUCAAUAUUGUCAUUGCAGAUGUGCAUCACAGGGGGUCUGGGAAUACCCGGAAGUGCCAGAGAAAGAACCAGUUCCCGCAAUGCUUUCGUAAGUAAGGCGUGGCUUCACGUGUGAUUCAGCACGGUUUCCCAAAUGAAUUAUCGCCAUUUGCCUAUAAAUACAGGCCAAAUUCACGGCCGGUUAUAAAGUAGUGUUCUUCGUAGCUUACCUCGCUUGCCACCAUAUCUGAACAUCUGAAACAGAACAAGAACGUCUGCGAGCAGAAAAAGCGAAAAUGUAGCCUCUGCUCGUAGGGUACAUGUGAUGCUGUUUUUGUCUUUAUUUUCUUGACAACAAUGUAUAAUAAAACAAUUAUUAGAUUCGUUUUUUGUGAUAUCCAAAAUAAUCAAGGUCUCGGCCCCGACCUUCGGCUGGGCUGAUAACACUUACCUCGACCUUGAUUAUUCCGGCUAUCACAAAAACCUCAUCCGAUAAUUCUUUAUUGCAGGCGGAAAAGGGAUCAGAUUUGAAUCGUUUUUAUGGUCGUUCUAAUAGAUAAGAUUUUUUUUAUUGAUCUUGCCUUCCAAGUAUCGUAUCUUGUUGUGUAUUGAAUGUUGUUUGUUUAAAUUUAUUACAUUUCUCAGGCUGGUGUGUUCAUGGGGUUUUCGAUUACCUCAGCUGUAUUGGGUGGAGUUAUCAUCAUAUGUUACAGUAUUGCGAUUUCUCAGCUCAGAAGAUAUCAUUCCUACUACAAUUACGAUUAUUACCGUUAUUAUGAGCGAUAUUAUUACAACUAUCGUGGAAAAAUGGCCAUUCUUGCCAUUAUGCUUAUCCUGGGCAUUGUUACAUUUGGUGCUGGAAUCUGGGCAGCGAUUUGCACCUGUUUGAUGAAGCCAUGCGGUUGCUGCGGACAGCCGGAGGUAAGUUAAUUCACUUCACCUUUCUACUCUAUUUCAAGUCAGGAGCUGUACCUCAUCGUGUUUGCUGGCAAAAAAGGCUCCAGCCAAAUUUAAAAUAACCCACCAACGGUAUGAAAGUUACGACAUCUUCGACAACCUCAAAAUAUAAUGUGAGAUAUUCUGACAUGCUGAGGAGCUGGUGUUAAAUACGCAAGUUUCAAUCUACGAGUUUUUAAAGUCGGCAUUGAUGACAAUUCUAAUGUCCUGCCGCUUAAGAGCCCUUGGAAUAGAGCUUAUUGUAGCUCGGGGCUUAUAUCCGAGGGGGCUUAUUUAAACCGGACUGUAAAAAGCGUAGCAGUGCUGCUCAAAAUGCAUUUUGCAUUUACCGGCUUUUGAUAAGGCUUAACAUAAACGUCAUAAUAAAUCGAAUUUCGAAUCGGGGUGGCUUAUAAUCAGAUGUAUUUUUUUGUGCAGACAGGUAGCUUAAGCUAUAACUGGAUCGGUUAGGCUUAUAAGCGUGCGGGGGGUGCCUUCAAGCGACCGCGUUGACGGUAUUAUACCACUACAUGAGAAAUUUCUGCAGUUUGAUUGGCUUUGAGCAUUGGUUUAUCAGCUUAAUUUAAAAUACCUACAUGUGAAAAUUACAAACCUCAUGUGGUAGUGGUAUAAACAAGUAAUAGCAUGAUUUGUACGUGACAUUUGUAUGUGUGUAUGUAAUCAAAUGGUGACGAGUGAGAUUAGGGAAUAUUUCACUUGCGUUUUGUCCAAAUCCUAAUAAUUUCCCUCGCUUAAAGGCUUGGGGAAUUAUCAGUAGGAUUUGGACAAAACGCAAGUGAAAUUAUUCCCUAAUUUCACGAGUAUUAGGGUCUGCCGGAUUAUGCUCGAAAAAUAGAGUAUUAUGCUUUCGGGCGUCACCCGUGAAACUGGGGUAUUAUGCCCAAAAUUAUGCUCGACUAGAGGUAUUAUGCUCAAAUUAUGCUGGACUGAAAUGACACUUCCACCCCACCCCCCUCCCCCCCUAUAGGCCUGUAUCUAUUAAUAAACAUUCCUAGUCUUUCAUUUUUGAAAGAAUUGUUAGACAAUAAUUAUUCAGUUAAACAUUUGAUGAGCAAGCGAAAGGUCGGAAAUUGUGAGGCAUUGAAAGGCUUACUAUUAUGUCUUUCUCCAAUGAACUUGGAUCAUAGCAAAAUGCACUGUGUACGAGUCUAACGUAUCAAGUUAAAAUAUUCCCACUUUUAUCAACUUUGUAUAUUCUAGAGCGUCGCUAAGAGCGAGUUGCUGGCAAAAUUUGUAUACACCUCUCACAGUUUUCAGAAACAGAGGCAUUAUGCUCCAAAAAUAUUAGUAUUGUGCCAGCAUUAUGCCUGAUGCUCCAGAUAUAGUAUUAUGCUCAAAAUUAUGCCGGCAUAAUCCGGCAGACCCUACGAGUAUACCAUUUGAUUACCUAUUAAUAUCAUCAUGGGUGACGAAUUUCGUCAGCAGUCGUGAAUUUUUGACGUGUCACUUUAUCCUAGAUCGUAUCGAUCGAGAACUCCACUCUCUCAAAAGUUUAGACCUUAAAUUUGGCUUAAGUUCAGAAUGAUCAAAAUUUUUUGACAAAAUACCUGUUAGAAUCCUUCUUGAUGUGCUCUUUUGUGUGUUCAGGUUUUCUGAAGCGUCUUUUUGUGCCCUGACAUCUUUAUUCAGGGCAUUUUAAAACUUCGUUGCCAUCUUGACACUGAGACGUACGAAAGGUUGCCAUGGUAAUUUAUUUCACAUGUGAAAUUACAAAUUAACGCUGAAAUUUCGCGCCAUUAUACUACUGCGUGAGAAAUUUCUGCAAUUUGGUUGGCUUAGAGCAGUGGUAUUUCACCUCAAUUUGAAAUACCUACAUGUGAAAAUUAAAAACCUUCCACGGGGAGUAGUAUAAACAAUUAAUAACAUGAUUUGUACGUGAUAUUAGGCACAAAUUCCACUUGUGAUAUUUCAAAAUUGUCUCAAUUACGCAUAACAAUUUCAAAAUAUCACUCGUGGUAAUUAUGCCAAAUAUCACUACAAAACAUGCUAUCACCUAUGCUAAUAUAUUACCACUGGAAUUCACAUAUUUAAAAUAAAUUCCAGGCAGGCUAUCGCUGCUGUGAGGCUUUCUGAUGUAAUCACUGUACGAUAUAAAUGUUACGUUAAGGCCCUUUGGUAACCGUAAGCGAGGGCCCUGAAUAAAACACUUCACUUUUAGCUUUUUUCAUUCUUCUCUUAUGAUUUUACUUCUGUUCUUCACUAUUUUAUUGCAUUGAGUUUGCCUCGUGAGUACGUUGUGUGAGUGAAAUGCCUGAAAAAGUAACAACAACCAUAAAAAUAUGGGGGAAAAAAGCGACAAGUGUUUUUUAAAACCCUUCUAUGUAAUUUAAUUUGUGCUCUUUAAAACGUAGUAAAAUUUUGUAUCCAUGGUAGAUCUAGAGUAGUGUAUAUAUGCCAGAAUAAUUUUCGUAAUAUGUUAAAUUAUUACAGGUAGACCAGCAGAUGUACGGUUACCCAGCUAGUGGUUACGUCAUGUCCGCGGGAGGUGUUCCUGUGGCUAUUCCAAUGCAGUCAAUGCAAGCAGGAGCCAGCGGUGUUGCAGCACAGGGUUACCAUCAACCGAUGGUGCUAGUGCCAGUCUCUGGUGCAGCAGGGGGUCAGCAACUGAUUGCUCAAGUUACCUCCCCUGGGGGGAUUGUCACCGGUACCCUUCAGCAGCAACAGCUGGAGGCUGGGAUGUCUCAUUCGUCCGUACAUACUGGAGGUUACCCAGCUAAGCCCAACGAACAGGUUUGUCUGAUACUCUCGAUUGUUAGAUGGAAAAUGCAGGCAACCUGAGCGAUCUUGCUUCAGAAGAAAAACGAGACAAAAAUGUACAAAAUACACUGAAAUUUACGGGGAAAAGCAUUUAUAUAGUUAAAACUUUAAUAUAAGCAGAAGUAAAGACAUAAAAUUGCUUUCGAGCUUUGCGACAUAUUCAUUAGUUUUAAAGAGGCUAGGACGAAACGUUUUUCAUCAACAUAUCAGUAUGACCUCUGUCGGGAGCCGACUCUAUAGAAUACACCGACACUCAGACUAGCAAAUGACUCCCCCCCUAAGCAUCUGUAGAAGGGACAGGUCGCCUUACCUAUACAAGUAAAACCACCUAUUGUUUGCGACGUAACUCAGCGUAUACGAAGACGUGGUUCUGCUUGUUAUAUGAGACGGAAAUUUUAAGCAAUAAAUUUCUCUUCCAAUAUUAAUACUCUUGAAUAAACCAGCUGAAACUGGCAGAGUUCACUGUGGUCCGAAUCUCGCCAUAACCGAAUGCCUGCCGUCAGGUUACUAAUUGGCUCCUGCUGACGUAAGUGAUCACCAGGAGCCCAUCAAAUUUGAUGGACUCCUGGUGAUCACCGAAACCGUAUGUAGCGUAAUACUUCACACCGCCUUGAGAUAAGGGGGCAGAAGGGGGGGGGGGGGGGGGGUGGGGUCUCCAAAAAAAGUUUGGCCUCAGUUUGGUCUAGAAAUAAGGGGUGGCGCGGGCCCCUGGAUCCGCCACUGCUUCUCUCCCACUUAAGUGUUCUGGUCACAUCUAAUACUUUUUCUGUUUUCCUUUGUUUUUAUAGGUGCAAGUAUAGGUGUAGACGUAACUGGAAUUUAUUUAAUCAGCUAUAUUAAUAUCAGAUAUUAAUACAAGUGGCUGUUACUAUAAACUGACUUUGAACAAGCACAAAAAAAUAUAGCAUUAGCAAUAAAGAUAAAGAAGGUUCAUCUUUAAGCAAUUUUUUUUGUUCCAGAGCCAAUUCAUAACGCACUUUAAAAAGGGGAGCUCUCUCAAACAUGACAAACCUAUGACCAUUAGUCAGGGAGUACUGGUUAGCCAGGCUUGUAAGAAACUAUGUACACGUACGAGAUAAAGUGGGUACUGAAAAUCCCCCUCCCCUGCCCGUACGGUUUUGCUAUUUAUUUGCUCCUUCAUCUUGUUUGGUAGCUGUUAAAUUAUUCAUCGGACAGUUAUGACGAAGUUUGAUGAAAGACGGUUGAUGAAAUGACGUGAUAAGUGACACGAAAUAAAGCCAUAUUCGGCCAAAGGGCAUUAAACCCUCGCUAAUAACUCGAACCAAAAUCAAUUUUCCCUGGAUUACUUUUAUAUAUUUACUGUAAUUUUACCCUCGAUAACUCCAACCUCCCGCUAACUCGAAGUAGCUCAGAUCAUUUAAUAUACAUAAAUUUAACUCAGAUCAUUUAUUAAUAUAUAAAUUUACCCUCGAUAACUCGAAUCAUUCCUUAAGCACCUGACAAGGCGAAAAAAGUGUACUGCAGUGCGAAACACUGAAAUUGUUUUAACAGCCAUGAAGUCUUUGACUUUAUUUUCUGUCCAGUUUAAAUACAAUGUCCAGCACUGUGAAUUUAUCAAGUUUUGAAGUGUGCAUGUUACUUUUGCGUUCAUUCCCCAUUUCAAAAAUUUUCUAUUUGCGGUUAUUUGCUUCGAACUCCCAAUAACUCACGUGAUCAACACUGCUUCAUAGUACACUGAAAAAAUUAUCAACGCUUAAAAUUCUUUGUUGGUCACUGGCAGUUCACGGGGACGGACGAGUUCUGACCUCUGACUUGGUUUCGAUCUAGUGAACGUGGUUUGUCCUUUUUUUUGCCCGUCAAUCGUUUUGUACCGGUCCACAUUUUAGUUCUUUGUCUAUUUCUGGUUAAUUUUAUGUGCAAGUCGGUGCAUGUGCGUUUUUUUUCUUUUUUCUUUGUUUUUACAUUGUCUUAUACUUUUGCCUCCAUGAAACAACCUAUUCUCAGUAAUAUUCUUAAUUAAUCUAUAACGCCUCUCAUCAGCUAGAUUUAUUUAGCUUUCUAGCUGAGGUGGUUUGUUUUUAAUGUCUUUUUU